AUGUAUGGUUAUCAUCCUAUUCAACCAAACCGAGCGAAUGACAGCAAUGUUGAAUCAGCAGAAGAACUUAUCAAUAAGUUGAGCGACAUGCACAUUGCCGCGAAGGAUACAAUCCAUGGAAGCCAGAUAAAACAAAAACAUCAUGCUGACAGGCGUCGAUAUGUGCCUACCGAUUUCCAAAAAGGAGACUGGGUCUUGGUUCUGAAAAGCAAUCAGGACAAGUUGGGAAACUGGAGAGCCGUUGUGCAGGACCCUACAAGGUUCGCGAACGGCUCAGCGACAAUGAAGAUCGGCUGGAGUUACCUGCUGGAUCACAGGCCCACUCAACUUUGA